AUGUCAAGUAAUGAAUUAACAAAGCGUAUUGAAGAUUCCGGAAUUCYAAAAUGCCAAUCUGAAUUAAUUCAUGAGAUAUUUGCUGCAGCUAAGUACAAAAAUCCAAAAAAUAGACACUACUCAGAAAGUUGGAUGAUUCUAUGUUUAUUAUUUCAAAUACGAUCCCCUUCCGGAUACAAAUUUUUACGUGAUCAAAAUAUUUUACCAUUGCCAUGUGUAAACACUAUUCGAAAACAUUUACUGGCCUUUAAAAGUGAAUGUGGUUUUGAUAAUUCAUUUUUUAAGUUGUUAAAGAAAAAGUUUUCUAAUAAAACUCAACAACAAAGAACAGGCGUUUUAUUAUUAGAUGAAAUAUUCCUAAGGACUAGCAUUAACGUAAAAACAAGAACAUUAACAUACAGCGGGUUAGAAGAUUUUGGAGGUGAAAUAGAAAACAAGGUUAAUAGUUCAGAAUUAGCGGAUCAUGGAUUAGUUUUCAUGUGGAAAAGUUUAGGAGAUGACGUAACUCAGCCCAUAGCUGUCUUUGCGUCUAAGGGACCAGUUAAAGGUAUUGAUUUAGCACAGUUAGUUGUUAAAGCAAUUAUUUUAUUAGAGAAUGCUGGUUUACAAGUGGUUGCCCUUACUUGUGAUGGAGCUUCAACCAAUAAAACUAUGCUAAAAAUAUUAAAUGUAACUGGUAAUAAAACAGAGUUCAAAAACUAUUUCCAAAAUCCAUUUAAUGAGAAUCGAAAAAUAUAUGUAUUUUCUGAUGCCCCGCAUGCAAUAAAAAACGUUAGAAAUCGUUUAUUUCAAAAUAAGCAAUUAAAAAUACAUCCAUCAAAGUCUAGCAUCAAAUGGGACCAUUACAGUCAAGUAUUGAAAUGUGAUACAAAAUCAAUGUUAAAAAUAUGCCCUAAGAUUACAAGGCAACAUAUAGAAUUAAACAAUAUGACGAAAAUGAAAGUAAAAUUAGCUACACAG